UACAGGUUUACUUCAUCCCUGAGGGGAUCUGACAACACACUUACAUAAGCCAGUGUCACUAUAAGAGAGGGUCUCUCAGCUGCACAGAUCAGACUUGGCAAUUCCAAGUUUCUUCUCUUGCGAAGGAGCAGCUGUUGGUUGUUGCCACCUCACGGGGUCUGAAGCCACGGGUCAACAUGUCUGAAUCUGGAAGUUGCACCUCUAUCAUCAACCUGCGCUACCAGGAUGGCAGUGAGGGAAGCUCCUCCAACCCUGCCAAGUUCAAGAACCAGGACUAUGCGCAGCUGAAAGACAACUACCGCCGCAGGAGACAACUGUUUGUAGACAGCGCCUUCCCACCAAACAACCAUUCUCUCGGUGACCUGCCUAGUUUGACCAGCUGGCAGGAGGAUGACGUGGAGUGGCUUCGACCAUCAGAAAUCCUGAAAGCACAAAACAUCAGUGAUGAGCCCACUUUCUGCACGAAGGGAGCUUCAAGGUUUGACUUUGGUCAAGGCAGUGUGGGUAACUGCUGGUUUCUGGCUGCAAUUUCCUCACUGACUUUCCAAAAACGCCUGAUGGCCCAAGUCGUGCCUUUGGACCAGUCCUUCAGUGACUAUGCAGGAAUCUUUCACUUCAGGUUCUGGAGGUUCGGCAAGUGGGUGGACGUUGUCAUUGAUGACUACCUGCCAACUUACAACAAGCAGCUGCUGUCCGUGCACUGCAAAGGUGGAAACGAGUUCUGGGUUCCUCUGAUGGAGAAAGCAUACGCAAAAGUGUGCGGCACCUACGCUGACAUGAGUUCCGGGUUGCCAUCAGAGGCCUGCAAGGAUUUCACUGGAGGUGUGAACAUGACUUACAGCCUGAGGCGUGAACACACUUAUGGUCAUGAUGACGAGCUGUGGCUUCAGCUGAGCAGAGCCACCGGGUGCAAGUCGAUGGUUUGCUGCGGGACUCCCCCGAAAGGAGGUUCCAAUGCCAACACUAUCGGACACACUGGAUUGGUGGAUUCACACGCCUACUCUGUCACAGGAGUCACUGAGGUGAAGUGCUACGGCUCCACAGUGAGACUGGUGCGACUCAUGAACCCCUGGGGAAAGCAGGAGUGGCAAGGAGAAUGGAGCGACAAGUCAGAUUUGUGGGACAGAGUGAGGCCAGAAGAUCGCGAAAAGUGUGCCGACCGUGAGGAUGGAGAGUUCUGGAUGAAGUUGGAGGACUUCUGUUACUAUUUCUCUAUGGCGUCCAUCAGCUGUGAGAAUCCCAACUUCCUCGACGGUGACCUCGAUGUCCAGUGGCAGUGCAUGAUUUACGACGGAAAGUGGGUAGCAGGAAGAUCUGCAGGUGGCAACGUGAACAACUCCACCUUUUCAUCAAACCCCCAGUAUCGAAUUGAGGUGUCCAUUAUCGACAACCAGGAGAAAGCAGACAAAAACAUCUUGCUUUCUCUGAUGCAGAAACCUCAGCAGGAAUAUCGCAAAAAGAUCAGAUACUUCCCAGUUGGGCUCACCCUCUACAGGAUUCCACCAGGGACCCCAGCUGGACGUCUCGGAUCAUCUUUCUUUAGGAGGAACAGGCCUAUUAAGAGAUCCCAGCAAUACAGCUCUGAGAGGGAACUGAUUGAGCUCCACAGUCUGGAGCCUGGAGAGUACGUGAUCAUCCCCUCCACCAUGAAGGCCUACACCCCUGGAGAAUUCGUUCUCAGCGUCUUCACCAAGUCUGACGCUAAGAUAACUCCCCACCAUGGAGACGAGGAUGAAGAUGAGCACAACCACGACCACGACAGUGACAAUGAAGAGGAUGACCGUAUUCUUCCUGAGAUCCCUGACAAGGCCAAAGAGGAGGAUGAGAAGAAGGAUUAUGACCCCAGCCGUGCCAUAUUCAAACGCUAUGCUGACCAGUAUGAUAAUCUGAGUGCCAGACAGCUCCGGAAGCUCCUGAAUGAUCGCUUCCCUCAUGGGACUCGGUAUGGCUUCAGUUUGGAGAGCUGCAGGAGCAUGAUCGCUGCAGUGGAUCUCGACCAACGGAUGAGGAUGUCCUUCACGGAGUUCUCAGUUCUCUGGAAGAAGAUCCACGAAUUCAAGAAAACCUUCAAUCAAUAUGAUUCGAAUGGCAACGGAUCUCUUACUGAAGCUGAGCUCCAGAGGGCAAUUCAGGGUUCAGGAAUAGAAGUGGAUAUGUUCAUGAUCAAGCUGAUGAUGUUCCGCUUCUCAGACUUCUCAACCACCUCCUUGGAGAGCUUCAUUUCUCUCAUGUUCCGCCUGGAGAAAAUGUCAAACACCUUCAAGAACAACUCAUCUGAUGGCAUGAUCCACAUGAGAUGGACUGAGUGGUCCAACAUCGCCAUAUACAACUAAACCAAAUGUAACAAGAAGAGCCCAGGAGACUCGCAAGAGAAGAUUCCAGCAAUCUAACAUUGCUUUUACUGGAAUUGUCUACCUUCAUAAACCCUACAAAGCAGUAGCACGUUUCUGUGAUCAAAGCAUCUGUGCAAUAAACAUUGUUAACCUGCUAAA